CGUGUACUAAUUGUAACAAGAAAAUUAGAUCCGUCUUUGCAAAGUAAAAAGACAAACAAAAACAGUGUUUCAUCAACGUUUCCCGGUUCGAGUUGGCUUUCAGAAACGGUAAAAUAAUUAGUAACUUUGAUAUCUAUUUCGAGUCGUUCCCAAAACUUCGAUAAUAUGUUUCGAAAUGUAAUAAUUUUUUUUCUGGUUAUGAUCCUCGUAAAAAAUUCAAAAGAAAGUUUGGAAGAAGACACGAGCAAACGAAUAAAUCACUCAAAUGUAGCUGAAAAGAGUUUGUCCAGAAAACGUCGGUAUCUGACAUUUCCUUCAGGAAGUUCCCUUCAACUAGUAUAUUGUCUUACGAUGCCAUCGGUUGGAGUAGGAGAAAUUUAUACAUUUGGAUUAACAGCAGCCUUGGCAUGGGAGUUGCCAUCGACAGGCGAUGAAUUGCUAAUGUCGUUGGGUAAAAGACCAAUUACCACAACUACCGAAGAACCCACAACAACUAUGCCGCCUCAUCACCACGUAGAAUCCGAUCAUCUCGACUUAUUCGAUCACCCUUCUCAAAGAAAAAGCGGCCAUGGAUCAUUGAAUCAUCUUUCCGACGAGUGGACAUAUAAAAACAACAAACAUCCGGCCCCUGUCACGACUCCUAACGAUCCUCUUCGGCUUAAAGAAAAUUUUAAAUUCAACAGGGGUUACACUGAUUUUUCAAGAAAUCAAUUGUACUCCUCUAGAAAAGUAUCUCCGCAUCACAACUAUGAUAAUAAUUACGGUGCAAGAAACUAUAACGAGAUAGAUAACUCAUACGUCCAUCCAAUCUAUCACCAAAUCCAUAGAAGGACUAGAAGGGACCUAUAUGUUAAACUAGAAAAACUACUCACAGCGUUAAGCAAAGAUGGAAAAGCUUGCUUGAAGAAAGCAAUUUGUGAAGUUAGUCAGGUACCUCCAGGAAAGGGAACUUUGUAUCAAGAAUUAAUGAAAACUAUUUUUAGGAUCAAGCCUCACGAUGAUUACGAAGAUGAAGAUGACUACGAUAGAGCAGCUAAUAAAACUCACGACUGCAGUGAAAGAUAUUCUUCUUGUCAACAUUCGGUUUGGACUGAUAUGUUUUAAUAAACGUUUAAAGUAAAAAAA